UAAUGAAUUUAUAUUUUAAUGUUUGAAUUUUCAUAAGAGCAUUUUUAUGAAAUUAAAAAAAGAACAGUAAUACGAACUUCCUUUAUUUAGAAAGUCUAUGAUAUAAAUAAAUAAAACCCUAAUUAUAAGAGAUAGAAAUGUAAAAUAAAAUGAAGAAAAUUGAAAAGAGGCUGCAUAAAAUAUUUUACAUUGAAAUUGGAAGCAAAGUUCAUUCAUUCCCGACCCUAAAAUUUACAGAAAAGGGCAAAUACGAGAUGAACAAGAGUAAUUAGGUAUUGGUUGAUAGGCAGAUUUAUAACUUUGACUGUAACAUAACCUUUUUUAUCAUAGUGCUAUUUCAAGUCAAAUCUGAUAAAAAGCCGUCAUUAUCAAUAUGCGACUCAUGUUCUAUAAAAGGAAGUGAGUUAAUACUCAGUACCGUAAUUAUCUGUUACGAUAAUAAUAUAUAGACAUGUUCAGUGCUUUGAUUUUGCUCCUUUUAUCGUGUUCAUCUAAUGAUGCUGCUAAAAUACUGGCAGUAUUUCCUGCACCGUCUAUCAGUCAUCAAGUAGUGUUUCGUCCUCUUACUCAAGCACUUGCCAAGCGAGGACAUGAAGUCACGGUCAUCACACCAGAUCGCGCCUUCCCAAAAGGAGAAGCACCAGCUAAUCUCACAGAAAUUGACGUCCACUUCUCGUACGACAGUUUAAAAGAAUUUCAUAAAGCCACUUCAUCGGGGGAUGGUGACAUUGUAAAUCAAUUUAAACUUGUAUUCGAAUUGAUAAACAAAGUCUUUGAAGAUCAGAUGAAAUUUAGAGAAGUGCAAAGAAUAUUGAAAGAAGGAAAGUUCGACUUGCUUUUAGUAGAAGCAAUGGCUAGACCAGCGCUGGCUUUGGCACAUGUUCUUAAAGUGCCAGUUAUUCAGAUAUCUUCAGCAGGACCCAUGAAUUUUAAUGUGGUUAAUUUUGGGACAGCUUGGCAUCCUUUGCUGUAUCCACUCUACUUCAGUCAGCGAAUAUAUAACCUGACAACUUUUGAGAAAUUGACGGAGCUAUGGAACUUUUACAAGCAAGAUGUAUUAUUGAAAAGUUUAGAAGAUUAUGAGAACACAAUGAAUCAAAGAUUAUUUGGAACAGAUGUGCCAACUGUAGCAGAAUUGACAAACAAUGUGGAAAUGUUGUUUUUAAAUGUUCAUCCUUUGUGGGAAGAUAAUCGUCCAGUGCCUCCCAGUGUUAUUUAUAUGGGUGGAUUGCAUCAGAAGCCAGUGAAAGAUCUACCAAAGGACCUUAAAACUUACUUAGACUCCUCAAAGAAUGGCGUGAUAUACAUAAGCUUUGGUACAAAUGUUAAACCUUCACUGUUACCUCCAGAGAAGGUACAAAUACUGGUCAAAGUAUUCUCUGAGCUACCUUACGACGUGCUGUGGAAGUGGGACAAAGAUGAGCUCCCCGGACGAUCUAACAACACUAAGAUAUCCAAAUGGCUGCCACAAUCGGACCUAUUAAGACAUCCAAAGAUCAAGAUGUUCAUAACACAAGGAGGUCUACAAUCAACAGAUGAAGCUAUAACAGCAGGAGUGCCUCUGAUUGGUGUUCCAAUGUUGGGUGAUCAAUGGUACAAUGUAGAAAAAUAUGUGCAUCAUGAAAUAGGAAUAAAAAUUGAUUUGAAGUCCUUGACCGAAAAAGACUUCAAAGAAGCUAUAAAUAAAAUUAUAAACGAUAAAAGAUAUCGUCAGAACAUACAAAAGCUUGGAAGUCUGAUGCGUGACCAGCCAAUGACACCAUUGGAGCGUGCGGUGUGGUGGACGGAGCACGUGCUCCGUCACGGCGGCGCGCGACAUCUGCGCUCUCCCGCCGCCAACAUGUCGUGGACGCAAUUCCUCGAACUAGAACUAGUUCUUAUUGUACUGGCAGUUGCACAGAGCUGUCUUAUACUAAUGUUAGUGCUGAUAAAGUGUCUGUGGAAAUAUUCCAGUUCAAAGCGAGAGCCUAAAAAAAAUAAGAAACAAUAAACUUGA